CCCACACUCUUCUUUUUUGUAAAUGGGAAGCUGAAGGGAGAGUUUUGCUCUCCUUACUGAGAGACCCACAGUCUUCUCAGAGGGAUUUUGUAUCCUCCCCAGCAUCUCAUCUGCUGGUAUGUGAAGCUGCCCCAUCUCUCUCUGUUUCAGCCUCGGACAAGGAUGCCAAGAACACAGAAGAAAACGUUGCUCAAGUUUUGGGAAUUCUUGUGUGCUACUGAUGACAGCGGAAAUGCCUGAAACAAAGUGAACACGUGCAGCAGGGACAGAACACAGGAUUAUGCUGGAUGCAAUGAUUAAAACAGCGCUGGUCUGUUUUUUGGUGCAAAGUACUGGAAGCUUGGCACUUGGUGCAGCAUGUUGGGAUGAGCGCCUUACAGGAGCAGGAAGAAACAACACCUGUACGGCUUUACAGCCUUUUUUCAUGUUUGGCCAUGGUAAAUCAAUCCAUCGGAUGGGCCUCGAUGGAAAGAACCACAGACGACUUGCUGCUGGUAUGGGAAGCUCCAUCCUGCUAGACUUUCAUUUCAGAGAAGAGAGACUUUAUUGGGCUGACAGGCGUACAGGGGUCAUCUACAAAGCAUCAGUACAAGGAGCACACAGACAGAAACUGUAUUCAUCCGACAAACACAUCUCAGGCCUGGCAGUGGACUGGAUGGGGAACAGCAUAUACUGGACAAGCAGCAGAAAGGGCGAAAUAAAGAAAAUGGACAUAAAUGGAAAAACUGAGAGGACAAUUUCAAGAAACUUGUCUCAACCAAGUUUUAUAAAUGUUGAUCCCUCUCACAGGUAUUUGUUUUGGGUGUCUGGCGGGACAGGUUCAGAAAUCCAUCGAUCUGAUCUGGCAGGACAGAGGAAAAUGACUGUGGUUAAGACAGCAGAGCCACCUAAAGCUCUGUCGAUUGACCGAGAAGACAGGAGGUUGUUCUGGGUUCAGUUUGGUCUCCGAGGAGAGAGUUCCAUUGCUUCCUGUGAUUACAGCGGGAAUUCCCUGCACAUCAUGGACCUGCCACUUCAGUCUCAGUCACUUGGAAUAUCUGUUUUUUUGGAGAACGUUUAUUACACUGAUGCUGCAGCUCGAGGUAUAAAGAAAAUAAACAAAUACACUGGAGGACAACCAGUGGAUGUUAAUAAUAAACCGAUGGUCAAAUCUCCGGUUGAUAUAAAGGUAGUACAUGCCCUCAUGCAGCCAACGGCAGAUAUUUCAUCACCAUUUCCAGGCUGUAAUGACCAAAGUGGGAACUGCGUGAACGUGUGUUCCCGUUUAGAGGACCAAGGGGUAUGCCAGUGCUCUGAAGGCUUUGCUCUCAGUAACCAUGGUUCUCAUUGUGAAGAUGUGAAUGAAUGCGCCCAUUGGAACCAUGGCUGCUCUCUUGGGUGUAAAAACAUCCCAGGCUCCUAUUUCUGUACCUGCCCCAAGGGAUACACCCUCCUGCCAGACAGGAAGACAUGCCAAGAAAUUACACCAUGUGAAGGCAACAUAACAAAGUGUGGCCAUGGAUGCAUAGCAACAGAACAUGGUGUCAUGUGUGUUUGUCCUGAGGGAUCUGUUCUACUGGAGGAUGGACAUGCUUGCUCUGGUUGCUCUUCAGCAGACAGAGGUGGCUGCAGUCAGCUCUGCACCCCCAUCACCCCGAACCGCUGGAAGUGCGGAUGUCUUCCUGGUUACAGGCUCCACCAAGAUGGCAAAAGCUGCAUUGCAUCUGGACCUGCUGCCUUUCUAAUUGUAGCCAACCUAAUGGAUGUGAGAAGAAUGAACCCUGAUGGGACUGAGGAACAAACCCUGGUGAAGGAACCCAGAGGAACAAUCUUAGCUCUGGACUAUGACCCUGUCCACCAUCAUGUCUAUUUUGCCAGCACAAGCCAGAAGACAAUUGAGCGAGUUGAUUUGAAUGUUGGGUCAAGAGACAUUCUUGUCUCAGAUGGUUUAGACUCUCCAGAAGGACUGGCAAUUGACUGGGUCCACCACAUGAUGUACUGGACUGAUAAAAGCAAGUCAGCUGUUGACUGCAGUACUCUGGAUGGACUGAACAGAAGAACAGUUGUGAGAGAAGGUCUGGAAAAACCAAGAGGAAUUGCAGUUCAUCCUCAAAUAAAGAAGUUAUUCUGGACUGACACAGGUGCUCAGCCUAUGGUAGAAAGUGCCACCCUGGAGGGAAGUGACCGUGUUAUCAUCGCCAGCACCGACCUCGUGUCGCCCACUGGUCUGACCAUUGAUUUCACCGACAAUCGGCUGUUCUGGUGCGACCAAAAGACGGGCCUGAUAGAAACGGCUGCUUUGGAUGGUUCCGAUCGACGGAUCCUAAUAGAGAACCAAGUGGGACGUCCUUUUGACCUUGCAGUCUUUGAAGACAAGCUGUGGGUCUCUGAGUGGGAACAUCAACAGAUAAGGAGCAUAAACAAGCGCACAGGGAAGAAGCUGCAAUACAUCCAUGGCAGCUUGGUUCAGCCAGCAUCAGUUGUGGUGGUACAUCCACUUGCUAAACCAGGGGCAGAUGCCUGUCUUCACUUAAAUGGAGGAUGUUCUCAGGAGUGUGAAAGCAACCUGGGAUUUUCACACUGCUCCUGUUUGCCACACUUCAUCCUGUCAGCUGAUGGAAAAAGCUGCUUGUCUGCCAACGCUUCAAAUGUACCUGCAGAAUCUGGAGAGAGUGAAACCUCUGAUUUAACAUCUCUCAGAAAUGGAACAUUAUAUGAGGAGAGCUUGCCGCCGACAGGUGAUAACAGGAAGGCUGACUUCCAGUCAGAUGGAGGCCGUGGUAACUGCUCCUCGCUCCACUGUGCUGUGAAUGCCAAGUGUCUGCUGGAAGCUGGAAAGCCCCACUGUUUGUGUAAGGAAGGUUUUACAGGUGAUGGACAGCAAUGUCUGGAUAUUGAUGAGUGUAAACUGGGAUUGCACAGCUGUGACAAACAUGCUGAAUGUCAGAACAGUGCAGGGACGUACCUGUGCAGGUGUCAGACUGGAUACUAUGGCAAUGGACAGAAAUGUUAUGCUUUGGAGACUACUUCUUUGAAGGUAACAUCUCAAACCCCCAUUGAUGUGACCACCCGGCAGCACAGCAGCAACUCAGCAGAGAGGUGCCCCCCCAGCCAUGAUGCCUUCUGUCUGUAUCAUGGAGUCUGCGUCUACUUUCCUCAGAUGGACUCCUACGCCUGCAAUUGUGUACCAGGCUACAUGGGCGAAAGAUGUCAGUUCAGUGACCUGGAAUGGUUGGAGCUUCAGCAGGCUGAGAGGGAGAAGGAAAGGAAUCUGGUCAUUUCAAGUUGCAUGGUGGUGCUUAUUUCCCUUAUUUCCAUCACAGCCUGUAUCACCUACUGUUUCCGAACUAGGAGACUCUUCCUCAAACAGUCUUCAGUGGAUAAUGUGAGUGAGAUCAGCAUGACUGAUGAGAGCAUGUCUGAGACUACCACUACCAGUGUUCCUCGGUUCUUCAUGGUAACAGAAAAUUGUGUGGACAACGAAACCAUCCAGCCACAUCCAAGGAGAGCUGACUGCCUAUUGUGCUCUACAGAAACAGGAAGCAACCCUCUAUCUGAAGAGUUAGCAGCAAUGUUUAAACAUGGCGAAGAACACGAGAGAUCCAUACUUUCAGUUGCAACCACAGAGACUAUCCAACCAACUGCCCAUCACUCCAGACCAUCACUAUCAAGCUCGAGUAAUGAGAAUUCCUCAUCUGUCAAACCAGCAGCACAUAUUAAUACUCCCAGCCCAGAGUCAUGUCCUUCCUAGCUCAACAGGCACUGAAACACAGCCCUGUAACAUGCUAUUAUAAACGCAAAACCUUUGCUUUUGAUUAACUGUUACUGUGAUAAGUAUAGUUCUUGUGAAGGGUCAAGUUAAGUGUGUAAAGUAAAGUUUUUGUUUUACUCCCCAGUUUUGCACGAGGGAGCAAAAACUGUUUUAGAAGUAUUGUUUUCUUUCACCUUAUUACUCUUGAAUGGGGUAAUAAGUGAGUUUAAUGGUACACCACUGUCAGAGAUGAUGGUCUGGUUUGCAUACAGUGAAAAAACACCAUGACUAUUGUAAAAAGCAAAUGACUAUUGUAUUUGUGAGGAUUCAAGAAGUGUAUGUUUAACUGAUUUAUAAAAAAGCGGCUGAGACAGACACAUGCAGCAUUUAUUAGCCAUGUAUACUGGAGUGCUCAAAAAUAGGUGUUACAUAGGUCAAACCAUGAUGAAAACAAUGAGAUCUUGUGAAACUGCUAUUCCUGUUAAGUCUUUGAGGUAUGCUGUUAAUAGAUUGCGGUUCUGAAUAGUGCAUGUGUUUUGGGAUCAAGGUUUUGAAUUCAGUUAUCUGGAGACUUAAGACAGCAUAGUUACUAUUGCCAAAUGUCACCGUCUCAUUUUUUUAUAUUAGAGGAUCCACUGAGCAUCUCUGAAUUGCAUUCAGUGCUUUGUGAGUGUCCCCAAGCGGUCAUGUAAUUAUUAGCCACAUUUAUCAAUAAGUAGGUCAUGCCAACAGUCUCACUUUCAGUUUCAAGCUCAGAGUGUACUGAGGAGACAGCAUAAUGUGUUAUUGGGUCACUGAUGCAAUAUUUGGGCUUCAGCUGCAUCCGUUCUGUAACAGUAGUGCAAAUUUUUAGUUUACAUGCCAUGCAGCUGAAUUUCCGAUAAAGCUGUUUCCUAUAAAACUGAAUGUGUAGUAAGAUGAUGUCGGAGCAUCAUUUUUCUUGGAACAGUUGACACACAAUAAUGUGACAAAAUGUUUUGUGCAAAAUUAAUAUAGAAACACUUUAAUGAGAGUAGUGCAGUUUCUGCAUCACAGCUGCAUCUAUGAACACUGGGAAUAAAUCCGUCAUGUAUGACUAAUAAUUAUAAUUUUUUAUUUUAAUGGUAAUUCUGUCAUUUGUACAAGGUCAGACCACAACUGGUGUGCUUAAUGUAUAAGUUUCAUUCAGAUGUUGAAGUAUGCGAGUAGGCUGUAUGAGUUCUGUCAUCCUUCCAUCAGAAUCAGGAAGCUGGCAUCUUAUCUUGGUUAAAAUCUCCCGUUCCAUUUGGUUUGGUAGCAGUUCAGACAACAGAUGCAUGAUGCAGAAUGUUUCCUGCAAACGUCUGGAGUAGAUGUAUAUGAUAUUAUUAAACUUUGUAGUUGCUUAAAUGCACAAAGUAAGUAACUGGACUCUUGCUACAAGAUUUAUGUCCAUUAGCAUUCGCAAGAAAUUAGGCUACUUAUAAAAAACAUCAUUUGGUUUUUAGUUAUUUUUUCUUUUUUUUUUUUAUGACAUUCAACAAAAGUUAGAUGAAAAAAUCCCAAAUAACAAAUUUAACAUCAACAUCAUUAAAACAAAAAUAAUUACAAGAGUGAGCUUUAUUAUGAGAAGUUGCUCUUUCCUGUCACGGUUUACUUGAUAUAGGACCCCAGAAUGCAGACGAGCAGGCAGCGUGAUGGUAAGUGAAAAAAACAAAAGGUUUAAUUACGAAAACUCACUCACAGCAGGAGGCAGGAACAAAACAAACGGGCAGGCAAGACAGACAUGGCAUGAUCAAACAGACAACACUUGGUUAGAGAGCUAGACAUGAGCAUGAGAGAUGUUUCCACGACGACUAACAGAACAGGUGUGAAUAUAUAGUGUGAAAACCAGGUGGAGUAAGGAGACAGAUUAACUUGAAGCAGGUGAACUGA